CUGUCGGUAUAUGUUAUUAUAUUUUAUUAACAGAUACUACAGUGUGAGUGGUAGUUCCACCGGUGGGCGUUUUCUUCGCUGUCCAGCAUCACGACGACCGGAGCAGUAAAUAUAGCUCGUUAGCUACUAAACAGCUAGCAUGGAGGCAGCUGUUAGCUGUUAGCUGCUGCUAACGCUGCUGACGAUGACAAACUGUGUCUUUGUGAGUUCAGUCGCUAACGGCAGUGCGAUGAGAUUGCAUCAGUGACUGGGUGAUGUCCGCCCAACCUCUGCAGCAGUCCGGAGAGGAUCCAGCAGCCUGCUAACUGAGCCAGCCCGACUAGCUGCUGCUGAUGACUGGCUGUUUCCUGACAUUGAUUUGCAGUGGGAGGCACCAUGGCCGGUAAGGUGAAGUGGGUGACAGAUAUUGAGAAAUCAGUGCUCAUCAACAACUUUGAGAAAAGAGAAUGGAUUCAAGUUACAGAGAGCGAGGACUGGAAUUUCUACUGGAUGAGCAUCCAGACCAUCAGGAAUGUGUUCAGCGUGGAUACCGGUUACCGCCUGUCAGACGAGCAGAUGGUUAAUCACUUCCCCAACCACUACGAGUUGACCAGGAAGGACCUAAUGAUCAAGAACAUCAAACGCUACCGCAAGGAGCUGGAGAAGGAAGGCAGUCCACUAGCAGAGAAGGAUGAGAAUGGAAAAUACAUUUAUCUGGAUUUCGUCCCGGUGACAUUCAUGCUCCCCGCUGAUUACAAUCUGUUUGUGGAGGAGUUUCGUAAGAAUCCAUCCAGCACCUGGAUCAUGAAGCCCUGUGGGAAGGCUCAGGGCAAAGGCAUAUUCCUCAUUAACAAACUGUCUCAGAUUAAGAAGUGGUCGAGAGACAGCCGCACCUCAACGUUUGUAGCAGCAUCUAGUGGUAAAGAGGCUUAUGUCAUCUCCCUCUACAUUGACAAUCCUCUGCUGAUAGGAGGGAAGAAGUUUGACCUGCGUCUCUACGUUCUGGUGACCACUUAUCGGCCCUUGAAAUGCUAUAUGUACAAACUGGGCUUCUGUAGGUUUUGUACAGUGAAGUACACACCCAGCACCAGUGAACUGGACAACAUGUUUGUUCACCUCACUAAUGUUGCCAUCCAGAAACACGGGGACGACUACAACCACGUCCAUGGAGGCAAGUGGACCGUCAGUAACCUGCGUUUGUACCUGGAGAGCACCAGAGGAAAGGAGGUGACCAGUCGAUUGUUUGACCAGAUCCACUGGAUCGUAGUGCAGUCGCUGAAGGCCGUAGCCCCUGUGAUGAACAAUGACAAGCACUGUUUUGAGUGUUACGGGUAUGACAUCAUUAUUGAUGACAAGCUGAAGCCAUGGCUUAUUGAGGUCAACGCCUCUCCCUCGCUGACCUCCAGCACAGCCAACGACCGCAUCCUCAAGUACAACCUCAUCAACGACACCCUCAACAUUGUCACGCCCAACGGGGACAUCCCAGACUGCCGCUGGAAUCGCAGCCCUCCCCGAGAGGCCCUGGGCAACUAUCAAGUCCUGUAUGACGAGGAGCAGGCGCAGAGCGAGAACACUGAGCGCGACCUGAGGAGCCGCUCGGGUCAGUCGCUGGGGUCCAAGGGCACCAAAGGGAGUGCAGGCGUUCGCCCUGCCGCCGCCACCUGGAAGUGAAGCAACACUGCUGACUCAUAAAGACUUCCUGCACAUUUCUACAGGGACCACCUGUGCAGCACGGGGAAUGAAAAAAGGGACCACCCAGGCUUUUUUUUUAUUUAGCCCACCGGACUGCGCCCUCUCUCUCCACAUUUCACUGACUGUGGUACUGGGAACAAAAACACUACUGCUGGAGGAGAGAGGAAUCAGCAAUGAAGAGUUUGAAGUAAGAAUUUAUACUGGCGAGGACUGAAGGUCAAGUCAAAGUCCGUCCAACAUCACAUCCAAGGUCUCAACAACAGCUGCAGUUCCCAAAGCAGACCAAACUCUUUACCCUGAGAACUCAAACAGAAGGAAAAAGUGGAUAAAUUCUUAGCAGGGGAAUUAAGAAGAAGAUGCUAUGCAUGAUUAAUGAUUACCGACACUUUAACUUGACCUGCCACAUAGGUGCUAAUAAGAAGAUUUGCUGUAUGGAAAUCAAGUGAUAAGAUAAUAUUAAGAAGGACAAAAAAUGACACUAAUGAUGGUUAAAGAUAUAAUUUACUAAGGGGCGAAUGAUAUUUGAUAGGCAGAAUUAAGGAUAAGGAUAAACUUUAUUGAUCCCACAGUGGGGAAAGUUCACCGUUACAGCAGCUCCAAAGAAAAAGUAUAAAGGCAGUACAGGAAUAGAUAAGAAAAAGAAACACAGUGCAAAAAUUGCAGAAAAAAAACAUUAUAUACAGAUGAUUUUUUUCUUCUUAUAAAUAUGUAGAAGAUUAUAUACAAGAGGAUGAGGUAUGAGGAAUUAGCAGUACUAAAUGUGAACAGACCCCAAAAUAGAAUUUAAUAAUGUUUUUUUACAUGUUCGUUAUCAGUAUGUAUAUGCAGGAGAGGGGUUAUAUAUUGAUUGUAUUCAGUGCUGAACUUUAUUGCACUUUAUUUCUUUAUUUGUGCUCUGGUAUUAAACAAAGAUGGGUGACAAAUUAAAGGAAAACAGUUGCUGCAAAUCAAUACAGAGUUGUUCUGAGUGAUCAUCUUUGUCCAGUGAUGAAACAUUUCUGUCCUAAUGGAAGCGGUUUCAUUUCAGGAUGACAGUACUCCCAUUCAUAGGCCAUUAUAUCUUUCUGAAUGGUUUAUGAGUAUGAAAAUGAUUGUAAUUAUCUGCUACAACCUUCAUAGUCAGCAGAUCUCAACCCAGCUGAACACCUUUGGAAGACAUUGGAGCAACGUGUUAAACAGUUCCACCACUAUCACCAAUGCACCAAAUAAGGGAUUUUUAGGUGGAAAGUUGUCUUCAUCCCCCCAGCAGAGUUUCAGAGACUUGAAGAAUCAAUGCCAAGGAGGACUGAAGAAUCCAAACAUCUAAACACCAGUUACUAUGACACUUAAUGUUGUUUUUUUCCUUUAAUUUGUCACCUUUCUGUAUCUUUCUCCUGUUGCAUUUUGAGUUGGACCUGAUGUCACUUCUGCUGCACAUCUCAGAUCUUAAAAAGCGCUACUAUGUGUUGGGAAUGUAUGCCCUCUUAGCUAUUUUCCUAUUUAUUUCCUCCAACUACUGAAACGCUGAUGAUGAGCGGACGUUCACCCUUUUAAUACACUGGAGUGGGGCUGAAUGAUGUUAGAAAAAGCACUGAUAAAUUCUUUAAGGCUGUGAGAUUUUAAUACAAUGUUCCCAAAUUUCAACUGUGAGCUGUGGGUAAUAAUUUUUUCAUUAUCGAUCAGUCUUUUUUUUUUAUUACUUUCUCCCCACUCUGUCUGGGAAAUGUCAAUAAUAAAGCACCAAGUCAUGACAUUUUAUGCUUUUUUCUUUUAAAAAAAAUCCUUGAGCAAUGAAUUGGUUAUCUGUAAAUACAGCUUAACUUUCAGUCGGACUUGAUAAGUAGUGAGCUAAUCAUUGCAGCUCUGGUUAGUGUCAGGCCAUUUGGAAAUAACUUAUUUGCAAUGUUGAAGAUGAUUUUAGUUUCUCUCCAUUUCAGUCAGUGGACUCACCUGUCAAUCAAGGCUGCAGUCCAUGAUUAUGAUGGUCAUAAUGUCACGUAUUCAUUCUCAAAACAGGGGCAUCCUCUGUUGCUGGAUGAAAAAAUCACAGCAGAAGAGGUCAGAGUAAGCAUUUCUGUAGCCAAAUUAUAUUUUAACUUAUUGGUAAAUCAAUAUCAUUCAGCCCUACUGUCUGAUAUGGAUCCAGUUUGGCAUUUUGUGAAAUUAAAUGCUGCUUUUACUGUACAUGUUUGUUGAUUCUAAUGAUUAUGUGACAGGAUUCUUUAUUUGCUUUCUUUAUAAAAUUUAAAUUUAUUCUA